UACUAAAAAUAUCUAGCCGCCUUGAUUCUUGAACCCCACACAAGCAGAGAUCUUUCUUCUUAUGGACAUCUAGCCACCUUGAUUCUUGAUCCCCACGCAAACAGAGCGCUUUCUUCUCUUACUUAAUGCACUUGUUCUUCGCCUUAACAUUCUGAGGAGGAGGAGGAGUAGGAGUAGGAGAAAUGGCCCGUAAAAAACCACAUAUUCUAGUCUUCCCAUUCCCAGCACAAGGUCACAUAAACCCUGUCCUCCAAUUCUCAAAGCGCUUAGCCUCAAGGGGCCUCAGAAUCACAAUCAUCACCAUCACUUCCGUCGCCAAAUCCAUGCACCUCCAACCUUGCGAUGCCUCCAUCGAAAUCGAGCCCAUUUCUGACGGCUUUGACGAAGCCGAUCUCACCUACGUCGUCCAAGCCCACCUCGGCCGCUUCGUCGACAACGUUUCGCAAAACCUUGUAAACCUCGCCGGGAAAUUUGUUUCCGCCGGCGACCCCCCGAUCGCCCUUGUUUACGACGCGAUCAUGCCGUUCUGCCUCGAUGUGGCAAGGAAAUUAGGGAUCAAAGGGGCUGCAUUUUUUACUCAGGCGUGCGCUGUUUCGGCACUGUACUAUCAUUAUAAUGAGGGGAACUUGAAGAUUGGGGAUCAUUUGGGAACGACGUCGUUUUCUAUGCCUGCGAUGCCAGUGAUGGAGAUUGGGGAUUUGCCGUCUCUUAUACCAGAUAGGGAUUUGUAUCCGGUUUUCUUGAGCCAACUGGUGAACCAAUUCUCAAAUUUUCAGAAAGCAGAUUGGCUGCUGGUGAACACUUUUGAUAAGCUUGAAGAAGAGGUACUGAAUUGGAUGGCAAGUCAGUGGCCUAUGAUCAAGACAGUAGGACCAACAAUUCCUUCAGUAUACUUAGACAAGCAGCUGGAGGAUGACAAAUAUUAUGGCCUCAAUCUCUUCCACCCAAGUGCUGAAGCUUGCAUGAAGUGGCUAGACACAAAGGAAAAAUCCUCAGUCGUUUAUGCUUCCUUUGGGAGCAUAGCCACUGUGGGAGGGUCUCAAAUGGAGGAACUUGCAAUGGGUCUGAAGAACAGCAAUGAAAACUUCUUGUGGGUAGUCCGGGCUUCAGAAGUGAGUAAGCUACCCAGUAACUUCGUCACCGAGACAUCGGAGAAAGGUCUGGUCGUGAAUUGGUGUCCGCAGCUUCAGGUUCUGUCCCACCAAGCAGUGGGAUGUUUCUUGACUCACUGCGGGUGGAACUCCACCUUGGAAGCCAUGAGCUUGGGAGUGCCGAUGGUGGCGAUGCCACAGUGGACGGAUCAAACAACAAAUGCAAAGUACAUUGUGGAUGUUUGGGAUGCAGGGGUUAGGGUUAAGGUCAAUGACAAGGGAAUUAUCACCAGAGAAGAGGUAGUGUUGAGGAUUGAAGAAGUAAUGGAGGGAGAGAGAAGGGAUGAGCUAAGAAGGAAUGCAGGUAGGUGGAAAGAAUUGGCUAAAGAGGCAAUGGAUAAAGGUGGAAGCUCUGAUAAGAAUAUUGAGGAAUUUGUUUCAGAACUUGUGUGCACAUAGUGGUUUAUAAUGGCAAUUACUAAGAUAUUGAAAGGUCAUUAUUCCCUAUGUUUGGGCUUCAGCUGUAUCCCUAUAAAAUCCCACCAAAUUAAUAAUAGUGAUUUGAUUAAUC